AUGGCAUUGUCCACUUCCACAACCACCACCACCACCUUCUCAAUGAUCACAUUAUUCAUCUUCUUCCUCCUCUUCCCUACUUCUUUCUCACACCAACUCUUCAUAAACUGUCAUUCCUGCAUACCCCAACCAGAUUCUGAUCUCUUAGAGUUUCCUCUAAAUUUAGAGUACUUGGAAGCAGAGUUUUUCUUGUGGGGCUCUUUGGGUUAUGGCCUGGAUAGGAUUGAACCAAAUCUAACCAUGGGAGGCCCACCACCAAUUGGGGCUAAAAUGGCUAAAUUGGACCCUUUGACAAGGGAUAUUAUUACCCAAUUCUCUUAUCAAGAAGUUGGACAUUUGAAGGCGAUUAAGAAAACAGUGAGAGGAUUUCCAAGGCCAUUGCUGAACUUAAGCGCAGAAGCGUUUGCAAACGUGAUGAACAAUGCAUUUGGACGAGCCUUGGUUCCACCAUUUGAUCCUUAUGCCAAUGAAAUUAACUACCUACUUGCAUCUUAUGUUAUUCCUUAUGUUGGUCUCACUGGUUAUGUUGGAGCAAACCCUAAACUCCAAAGUUCUACUUCCAAAAGGCUUGUGGCGGGGCUUUUGGCAGUGGAAUCAGGCCAAGAUGCAGUUAUCAGAGCAAUGCUUUACGAGCGGGCUGGAUUGAAGGUACAACCUUAUGGAAUCACUGUUGCAGAGUUCACCAACCGGAUUUCGGAGUUGAGGAAUAAGCUUGGACAUGCAGGAUUGAAAGACGAAGGGCUUAGCGUCCCCAUGGUUCAAGGAGCCGAGGGAAAAACUAGGGGCAAUGUACUCGCUGGGAAUAAAAACUCUCUUGGGUAUGGCAGAACACCUGAGGAGAUACUACGAAUUGUGUAUGGCAGCGGAAAUGAGCAUACCCCUGGUGGCUUCUAUCCCAAGGGAGCAGAUGGUAAUAUCGCCCGAUCACAUUUGAAGCAAACUUAA